AUGGCUACCAAGCAAAAGGUCAUGCGAGUGUGCAUGUACCUCAAACGAAAACCGGGCCUGACUGAAGAGGAAUUCAAUCACUACUGGUCGCACGUCCACGGACCUUUGGUCAGGCCGCUAGUGGAGAAAUAUGGCAUUUUGAAAUAUACCCAAUAUCACACCUCAUCGAACGUCCAGCAAUCGACGAUGGAGGCAUGGCCAGAACUCAAGGCUCUGGAUGUGACGCCGUAUGACGGCGUGGCGGAAUUCCUUGUUAAGGACAUUGAAGGGAUCAAAAAGUCGCGGGACGAUCCGCUUUUCCAUGAGAAAAUCAGGCCCGACGAGGAGAAUUUCUUCGACGUGAAGGGCAUGGCUUGGACGAUUGGCUGGGAGGAAGUUUAUGUUCUUGAUGGCAAGAUUGUGCCGGACAGUGAGGCAUGGAAAAAUACUCCAUAA